AUGUCCAGCGACGAAAAGCAACCAGAGAACCUGCAAGUCUCGGAAGCCUCCGACGACGAGACUUCGUCUCAGGGGGCCCAGCCCCAGGCCCUUACGAAGGGCAAGAAGGAAAACGAUCCUCCUAUGCACUACACCGACCCUGCCGCCGGCAAGCCCGGCCGAGAGCGUGUUCGCAAGACCCGUAUCAAGGACCGCGGGAAGUCUGAUGCCGAAGAAAGCAGCCUGAAGAUAAAGAUUGAGUUAGACUUGGAGGCUGAGAUCAACCUCUAUGCUCGUGUGAAGGGUGAUGUCACAAUUGGCUUGCUGCGCCUCUCAAUGGCGUCAAGCUCCAUCGGCCUGUCCAAACAUACCUUCCAUCAGAAAAUAGAAGCACUCUCACAGGCAGGGUUUUACGGGAUAGAGCUCACCUUCCCAGACCUGCUCGCCUUUGCCCAAUCUCACGCGAACCGUGACAUCGCCAGUAAUGACUAUGACGCGCUUUGCGAAGCUGGCCAGCAGUUGGGGGAUCUGGUUAGACACCAUAACUUGAAGAUAAUGGUUCUGCAGUCAUUCAGAAACUUUGAAGGAUGGCCCGAGAGAAGUAAGGAAAGGGAGGAAGCCUUUGCUCGCGCUCGCGGUUGGAUCCGCAUCAUGGAUGCCGUGGACACAGAUAUGCUUCUGGUUGGCUCAUCUGAUGCAGGGGGCAUUGUGUCGUCCAUCGAACAGCUUGCUUCGGACCUAGCGCAGCUAGCAGAUAUGCUGCACGAAAAAGGGUUCAAAUUAGCAUAUGGGAAUUUGUGCUGGGCAACGCACGCGUCGACCUGGAAGGAAGCAUGGAACCUCAUCCUGCAGGCGGACCGGCCUAAUAUCGGUCUUUGCCUCAACACGUUCCAGACGGCGGGAGGGGAAUGGGGUGAUCCGAGGACAGGAUCUGGUCAAAUUGAAAUGUCCGGGAUAUCCUCGCAGACAAUCGAUACGAGAUACAACAAGAGCUUGCAAGAGCUCUCCCGCGAGGUGCCUGCAGAUAAGAUCUAUUUCGUGCAGAUCAGCGAUGCGUAUCGGAUCUCACCACCGAUGAAGAAUGACUUCGAUGAAUCAGGGCUACCAUCACGGGCGGGAUGGAGCCGCUCCUACCGGCCGUUACCCUACGACGGAGGGUACCUGCCGAUUGCACAGGUAGUGGAGGCGGUCCUAGAAACGGGUCUCAGGGGCUGGUUUAGCAUUGAGGUCUUCGAUGGGCGGUUCGAAAAGAAGUACGGGGAUAACCUAACUAAAUUCGCAAAGAAGGCUAAAGACACCUAUGAGAAGCUACUACGAGAAGCGAAAGGGAGGAGAACAUUGAGCGGCUGA